CAGAGGCUCUGCAAGGUGAGUGCUUCUCGUACCGACCUGCGGAAGGACGGCAGCUGGCUAGAGACACGAUCUCAGCCACCUUGUGGGGACCCUCCGGCCCACAGGGAUCAGGCUUCAUCGACGGAGGCUCAAGUCCAACAGACCGCUACUGCCGAAAACCGAAAGCCUCGGGCGGGCUGGCGAUUGGGCGCCGCGCUAGAAGCGGAAGCCGGAAACGGUGCUGCCCGGGAUGGCUCAGGCGGCGGCUGUCGCAGCCCAGUCGCUUGCGCCUGGCAAGGCGCGGGCGGCGCGCACUGUGCUAGAUCAGGUGGUGCUCCCGGGUGAGGAGCUGCUGCUGCCGGAGCAGGAUGCUGAGGGCCUGGGAGGUGCAGGGGAGCGGCCGCUGCUCCUAAACCCCGGGGCGCGCUCCCGGGUGCGCGUUGUGUGCGGCCCGGGUUUGCGGCGUUGUGGCGACCGCCUGCUGGUCACCAAGUGCGGCCGCCUCCGUCACAAGGAGCCCGGCGGCGGCGGCGGCGUGUACUGGGUGGACUCGCAGCAGAAACGGUAUGUCCCAGUGAAAGGAGACCAUGUGAUUGGCAUAGUGACAGCAAAAUCUGGAGAUAUAUUCAAAGUUGAUGUUGGAGGGAGUGAACCAGCUUCUUUGUCUUACUUGGCAUUUGAAGGUGCAACUAAAAGAAACAGACCAAAUGUGCAGGUUGGAGAUCUCAUUUAUGGACAAUUUGUGGUUGCUAAUAAAGAUAUGGAACCAGAGAUGGUUUGUAUUGACAGCUGUGGACGAGCCAAUGGAAUGGGUGUGAUUGGACAGGAUGGUCUGCUUUUUAAAGUGACUUUGGGCUUAAUUAGAAAGCUGCUAGCUCCAGACUGUGAAAUCCUACAGGAAGUGGGAAAACUCUACCCACUGGAGAUAGUAUUUGGAAUGAAUGGAAGAAUAUGGGUGAAGGCAAAAACCAUUCAGCAGACCUUAAUUUUAGCAAAUAUUUUAGAAGCUUGUGAACACAUGACAGCAGAUCAAAGAAAACAAAUCUUCUCCAGGUUGGCAGAAAGUUGAUCUAUGUGGAUUUGUUUAUGGGUCAUUUAAGCCAAGAGACUGUGGAUUUCCUGGGGAAAAUUUUUUUCAGGUGAACCUCCCCCCACUAAAUCUUUAGAAGACAUCUAUUGUCUCAUUAGAGUCUUAAACAAAAUAGUUUUAUAAAAAAGUCACUGGUUGCCACCUACGUUCUUGUGGGUGAGAAAAAUCAUUAUAAAAUA